UAUAUACUGAGGUACAAGCAAGUGCGUGAAGGUGAAAUGCGACGGAAGAAAUUUAGUAGACGAUCGAAGAUAAUCGAAGAUUCUUUGAUCGUUUUCUAACACGCUGUUGUGACUUGGAACAAGAGAACAUCGAGAACUGUGCCUGAUGUAUUUGUUGACAAUCGUGUUCAACGUUCCGUUUAGUUGUAAAGUUUUAUCGCGCCGCCUUUUGUUUGACACACGUGUGUGCUCGUUACGGACUUGCAAGUUCUGUUCCAAACGUUGAUAAUGAACAACGGAUCCGACACCUUGGAAUUGGAUUAACCAUUGUUAACCACAUAUUUAUGCGUAUAUGAAGCACCAGGGGUAUACAUAUAAUGGCGACACCCACUAAUGGCAACGGUAACCUGAUCGAUGAAUUUGAAGAAGCGUUUCAGCAAUGUUUGAGUAUAUUGAUAACGAAAGACGAAGGAUUAGGAAGCAAUGGGAUCGGUGUGUCCGGCGGUUUGACCGUGGACAAGGAGGAAGCAAGAAGCGAAGUUGAUCAAGUUACUCUAAGGUUCAUAGAUCUGGCUAAACAAAUGGAAGCUUUUUUCCUGCAGAAAAGAUUCUUGUUAUCUGCACUGAAACCGGAGCUAGUUGUGAAAGAGGACAUAAAUGACCUCAGGGUAGAAUUAGCUCGCAAAGAAGAUUUGAUAAAGAGACAUUACGACAAGAUCACGGUAUGGCAGAAUCUGUUGGCAGAUCUGCAAGGGUGGGCAAAGUCUCCGGCACAAGGUCCAGUUCCUAACGGCUUACCGAACGGUGCACAGAGUGGGCAAAGCCAACAGGCAGGAAACGGAGGUGGAAAUGCAGCCAUGCAACAGCAGCAACAAAUGCUGCAGCAUCAGCAGCAGCUCCAGCAACAACAACAGUUGCAACAUCUACAGCAACAUCAAAUGCAACAGCAACAACUUCACCAGCAACAGGUGCAGCAAGGAUCCGGUGCUCCUCCUACUUCGGGACUUCAAGGUGUCGGUGUAUCAGUUGCACAACAGGGAAUGUUCAUGACUCAAGGAGGGGUAGGAGUAGCUGGUGCACGUGCGGGAUUCCCUGUUGCAGGUGUUGGAAGUAGCGCGCUCCAGGGUCCGCUCGCUUUCCUGGAAAAGACAACGAGCAAUAUAGGGAUGCCCGAGAGGCGGAGUUGACGCGGAAGGGGGAGGGGCCGGGGUCGGGGUCGAGGAAAAGGCCGAGGAAGAGGACGAGGCGGAAGCGGAAAUUUGCCUCCGCCGCCACCGCUUCUCGAUGCUUCGGACCCGUCGUCGUAUGCUGCUGCUGCCGCAGUCGCUGCGGCAGCGCCCCUUCCCUCUCCACAGCAGCAGCCACCACCGCCUUGUACAUGAACAACAAAUUACGUUUGUUUAAAGGUGUAAAAUAUCGUCCCUAGAACUUGGAAAGUCAUCACGACCGCGGAACGGUAUUCCCCGGUCGCUGGGUUUUGUUUUCCAGGGUUGGUGCAAGAUGACCGAGUUGAUUCAUCAAGAUAGAAAUCGUUUUCUGAUGUGCUCGUGUACAAUUAAAAGAACGUGCACGACGCUUGUACAUCGAUUAACUGAGUUACACAAGGUUUCUGUUAAAUCGUCUAUUAUUAAAAGUAGCGUUCUUUUCUCCCUGAGACGAGUAUUUUCUAUUCGUUUUCCAAAUUGUGUUUACAUUGAAGACGAAUGCAAAAACGUAAAGGAAAUACAACACCCUGUUCUGUUCAAGGGGAUAAGCGGCAAGGACUGUACAUACGUAACGAGAGCGUAACGAUUAAGAUAUUAGCAUAAAUUUCACGUGUAUAUAGAAUAAGAAGCACGAACUUGCAUAUAAUAAGACAUGUUGUAUUUUAUUCUAAUAAGUUCCGAUAAUUAUUAGCACUGUUACAAAAAAGGUGUAUUAUUUUACACAAUAUUAAUUAGUAAAACAUCGGAUGUAUUUCAAACAUGACACAAAUAAAAUAUAAAUUGCCCAAAUUCAAAA